CCUUUUUGAGCAGGGCGGUGCGACUCGACCCGACCAGACACCAGACCGCCAGUCAAACUGCGUCCGCCGAGAGCUCCGCAACAGCCAAAACGUCCGCAGCCUCCACGCGACUCUAUCGAGAUCCCGAAACUAUACACAGUGUGAAUAUGAAGUUUUGAGGAGAGCCUUCCUUCAGACCCAGCAGAAGAUCAACUCCGAGAAGAGAAUCAGCACGAUAACAACAGCAAGAACGGCAACUGCCGUAAAGUUUAAAUCAAAGACAUAGAGGCGUUCGCAGUGGUGAAGAACAUGUUGCUCGUCCUUUACCUGUCGGUUUUUUGUUUUUGCGGUGUUUGGGCCGAUAACUUUAUGUACGCGUCUCAGCAAUCGGAUCCGUGCUACGACGAGGAUCGUCCCCGUCGCUGCAUCCCGGACUUCGUGAACGCGGCCUUCGGGGUGCCGGUGAAGGCAUCUUCGACGUGCGGCCAACAUGGGGCAGCUCAUUACUGCGAAGCACCUGAUUCGGGUUCGAACCCAGCGUGUCACCUAUGCGACGACCGCCAGCCGCGUUACCGAUUCCCAUCCUCGCAUCUUACCGAUUUGAACAACCCCAAUAAUGUUACCUGCUGGAGGUCCGAGCCUCUGGCAGCCGCUACUUCCAUCAACGCGCCUCCCGAUAACGUUACCCUGGUUCUUAGCUUGGGCAAGAAGUACGAGUUGACCUACGUGAGUCUGCAGUUCUGCCCUCACACCCCCAAGCCGGAUUCCAUAGCCAUCUUCAAGAGCAUGGACUACGGAAAGACGUGGCAACCCUUCCAGUUUUAUUCUAGUCAGUGCCGCAGGGUCUACGGAAGACCUAAUCGGGCAACCAUAACAAAAACUAAUGAGCAGGAGGCUAGGUGCACGGACGCCCACCGGUACACCGGAGGCGACGGUCUGAGCUUGGGGCACGUCUCCAGGAUCGCCUUCAGCACUCUGGAGGGUAGACCUAGCAGCCACGACUUUGAUAAUUCGCCGAUUCUCCAAGACUGGGUUACCGCAACCGAUAUCAAAGUCGUUUUUAAUCGCCUACAUAUGCCCACCGAAGAUUUAUCCGAUAACCUGGACAUUCUCGUCGACGAGAAUCAUUACAACAAACAACUGGAGGAAGAUAAUCAAACUAAAGGACCUUCGGUUCAGCUGGUGAAUGAGAUGCAGGCUUUGGACGUGGAGGAGAAGAAGCAGCCGGUGGCGGCAGCGGCGGCCGUCGAGAUGGGUAGCAAUGGGUUGAUGGGUGGCUACCGUCCCGUCACCCAUCAGUAUGCUGUCGCGGACUUCGCCGUCGGCGGGCGAUGCAAAUGCAAUGGACAUGCAAGUCAGUGCGUUCUCGGGCGCGAUGGUCAACUUGCCUGCGAGUGCAAGCACAAUACCGCCGGGCGCGAUUGCGAAAGAUGCAAACCCUUUCAUUUUGACAGACCAUGGGGAAGGGCCACCGCUAAAGAUGCCAACGAAUGCAAAG